CGCACAACAACAGUCACAGAUUACAGUCUCCCCCAGGAUGCGGACACUUUGCGUGUCGCUCCUGACAUUACACUAUACUCCCAGAUGAGAGAGUUGGAGCGAAAACUAGACUGGACCAUGGCGCGUAAAGUUCUGGAAAUGCAGGAAACUGUGACGAAAGUUAUACGGAAACGAAGAACUCUUCGCGUGUUUGUGACCCAUACAGUCCAUGAUCAGGUGUGGCAAGUCCAAGGCAAAGACACCUCUGUGGAUUUCAAUACAGGAAGAGGCAUUCCUUCAUGGGAACUAAGGAUAGAAGGUAAAUUGCUAGACGAAGUAGGUGUUAUCCUGGCAAAAGACCGAAACAUUGCACCCCCGCCGCCAAAGUUUGGAUCAUUCCUGAAAAGCAUCGUUGUUGACGUGGACCGGGAUCCUCGCCUUUACCCAGAGGAAGUCAUUGUGGAGUGGCAUAAAAACCCCACACUCCCAGCCGAUGAUGGCUUUUCAAUACGUAGGAGAGGUGACACAAGCUUGCGGGUGCGCAUUAUCAUUCACCUGGACAACAUACCGGAGAAGGGCAGUGUGGAUCCUGCAUUGAGUUCAAUCAUAGGGGUGAAGCAAGGAACGCGUGCGGAAUGUGUAACUGCUUUGUGGUACUAUAUCAAACAUAACGGCUUGCAGGACAAGAAUGAUCGGCGGGUAGUGCGGCCAGAUGAGAAACUUCGGACCCUUAUCCCUGCAGAUGCGGUCCUGUUUCAGAACGUUGCUGAGGUGGUGGACCGUUGCCUGCGACCUCCAGAACCCGUCGUCAUCUACCACGAGAUACAAAUCAAUCCUCAGGAGCCGACGAAGACACGAGCGUUCGAUAUUGAAGUCGAUAUGGACGAUUCUAUACUCAAAACCAAAAUACGCGACGUUCUUACUCGAUUAGUGCCAACCGUUGAGAACCGAGUCUCACAAAUCGAUGAUGAGAUUGCCAAAAAUGUUCAAGAGAUCCGUAGCGCCAGGUUGAAGCGGCAGUUUUUCCAGUCAUUCGCCGAUGAUCCCCAGGGCUUCAUCAAGACUUGGAUGGAUUCGCAAUCACGCGACCUUGAGGUUAUUCUCGGAACUGACAGAGGGGUGCCAGAAGAACUCAUGCGCAGAAGUGAUUUCUUUAGGUUACCAUGGGUCGAGGAGGCUGUUGCCGUGCACGAAGGAAUGCGCAUGGCAGGCGCUCUACCAUACCAGGCCACCCGAUAGUCCUCACCUACCAUGCUGUUGUAUCUCCACGUGUAUUUCAUGAUUCCUUGUACAGCAUUUGUGUCAAUUUUUGGGAGGCGGCAAGUUUCAUGUCACCG